AUGGGUGGCAAAGGUGGCAGUUCUGGCGGCAACAGCGGUGUUGACAACGGAGGAGGGAACGGAAGUUCUGGUGGCAGUGGUUUGUCUAAGGGCGGAGGCAAUGGUGGUGCCGGUGGUGGAUAUAUGAAAGCACCGGGUGACGAUAGGUCAUAUAUUUCAAGAGCCGGAUUUGAGGCAAAUCCUCAGCUCUACAUUUCGGGCUUACAUGUGAUCAAGAUUGAAGAGCAUUUGGAGAUGGAUAACAAGGGUUGCAGCAAAGAAACUGGGGUAGGUGCAGCAGGAGCCGGUGGUGGCAAUAGCAGUGGUGGUGGGACUAACAAAGGUGGCAACAAUGAUCUGAUCAUGAAGGCUCCUGGUGGUGAUGGAGCAUAUACAUCAAGGACUGGCUUUGAGAACGAUCCAAAGGGCUACUUUUCUGACCUGCAUGCUAAGGAGAAGAUGAAUUUAGUUGUAAACUCGGGGGCUGCUGGGCGGGACAAAUCCUCCUCCUCCGGCGCUACCAGACCCUACAGUCUCCGUACACCAGCACUACCGGAGCUUCUCAUUGCCAAAGCCUCCUUCGAUCUGGACGCACCUUCAACUUCAGCUUUUGCUUCCGCUGCAGCUGCGACUCUAGGUUCGGAUAAUGGUUUGGGAGGGGUGUUAUCGGCUGUGACGCCAGCGGACAUGGGCUCGAUUGAGGUAGAUGCGGUGAUGGAGGCUGAGUUGAAGGAGAAUGGGUUUUCAAUUGAAUGGUGGCUGUGGUAA